AUGCCUACGCAGUUCAUGUUCAUUGACUCUAGCAAUGGCGGUGUCAACGCGAAGCCAGACAAGAUUGUCCGAUCGUUUGUCAUGAAAUCCGCUCGAAACAAGAAGCCCUGGAGUACACGGCCGAGGAGCUCGAAGUCUGAAGAGCCACCCGGAGCAAAAGAUCAGCGGAACUCAUUGUCUCGGAAUUACAGUAUUGUCGAAAAGGGCUCCUGUCGCAGCAAUGUCCCUCGGAUCCAAUGUAAUAGGUAUCCGGCACCAAACGACAGCGUGGCUACACCUCCAAGCAGUCUGACGAGCGAUAGCGUCUUCUCUAGCCAAGAUGCUGUUUGCGCAUGCGAUAGUCCCGUCUCGAGUUUGACAAGCCCACAAGCCGAAUGUAUGGGCGGAGACGAGGCUCUGGCCCUUAUACCCCCACAGCAUGAGCUGCCGCCAAAUUACAACAUGCUCAACUUGACUAGUCUGGGGACUUUGGACUGCUUGGUAGUGCCAUUAGACAGACAUUCAGAGGGACUCCUUCAUCGAUUCAUCGAGGCUGCAGCACCACGAUUGAUCCCUGUAGAUCCUCAUAGAUUCUCGCAACAAGCCGGGAAGGACUGGAUCCAAACAUGCGUCCAGAGUAAUGUAGGAGCUCCUUUUAUCUAUGCUGUACUUGCUUGUUCAGCGCGGGCAGUCCAGCUCGACCCUGAAGUGUACAAGUGGCGCGCCGUUUCCGAAGUAAAUGGCCUACUAUCCGAUCCACGUACCAGCACCAAUGAUACGACGAUCGCUGCGGUCCUGAUAUUGCUUGCCAAUGAAGAGGCCGAGCUUGCAGAUCCUAAGCGGAGGGGCGACGAGAAUAAGUGCAAGUUGACUCGGGCAGCCAACGAAGCCCACCACAAUGGUCUCAGAACAAUGAUACAGCAAAGAGGAGGGCUCGCUGCUUUGAAUGGAAAUCGGGUUUUGCAGGUAUGCCUGUUAAUGCAUAGCAUUGCUCAAUCCAUAUCGACUUUCAAGCAACCUUAUGCAGUUUUGGUCAACGCCAGCGGCCAAGUAGAGGACUAUGCUGUCACCACUAGUCAAUUGCCAAGUGCCUUUGCACAUAUUUUGCGGCCAUUCCGCGAGCUCAAUAUUGAUCGCUCGCUCCUCAGGAUUAUCUUCGCCAGCACUGUGUUUAUUGUUGAUUUGACAGAUUGGUACAGCUGCGGGAUUUGCCCCACGGACUCGCUCGACUUACAGAAGCACGCUAGUCUGCUAAUGUAUCGCUUAUUUGACUGGCAUCAGCAGAGCGAAUGUGGUUCAGUCGGAGGACCUACACCCACAAGCCCUGUCGACCAGAGUGUUUGUCUUGCCCUGUUGAUAUUCCUGGUCAAUGCGACGGAGCCGAACGCUGGCCCCCUGGGUCCACGAUUGUCCAAGGUGGUUACGAAGCUUCGUCAAUCUCUUCAACGAAUCUCCAUGCUGCGGUGGGCCAAGUGCCCUGAUCUUCUUCUCUGGGUAUUGACAAUGGGUGCUCUGGGAGCGGGAAGUUACUCAAGAGCCAAUAAGACAUAUGGCGAUCCUUGCUUGGGGUUCUUUACAGGAAACAUCAAACUUGCGCUCGCUGGCAAAUUUGUCCACCAGAGGCCCUCCAUAGACCAUCUAAUCGACAUACUAGGAUCGUGUCUUUGGGUUCCGUCAGUCUUCAACAAAAGAGUGAGGUCGCUGAGCAUGCCCAUAGGGCUUUGCGGAACAUGCAUAAUAGAGGUUGAGGAUGCUAGCAGUAGCGAAGAUGAGCUGGUAGACGGCGAGUAUGCACUUGGGCACUCAACAACCUCGAGAUUCUUCGCUGUGGAUAGGCUUGAAGGUUAG